AUUUACCAAGCUUUUUAAACUGCUCUUAUACAAUGGCUAGCCACUUUAUUAUGAUCCACCCACGGUUAUUUGUAGAAUACGUCAUUUCCUUGUCGGGUUUUGGCCGAGUGGUUAGCUGGGGAGCAUUGCGCAUGGCUUAAACAUGGAGCUCGCGAUAUGCAUCAGAACACGUUCUACACUCUUAUCUGUGGAUGCGUUAUAAAAGUGACAGUGAAUCCAGCUAUUCGGUUGUUAUCAAAUAGUGUUUCUUCAAAUAGCUGUUCAAAGACUUCCAUCAUCAGAAUAUGUCAACAGUGGCAAACGACCACGAAGAAAAAUGUCAGCUGUCAGCCGCUUGUGACAGACGAAGGGGUGGAAAGUAGAUUAAAUAUGCUUGUCAAGUGCAACAAGCUCUAGUCUGUGUCGUAGUCGACUGACUCUUUCGUCAGUGAUGAGUAUUAGACUGUCUCGAACCGUACCGUGCUAAACCGACAGCUAGUCCGAAUAUUAAAUAUUACAGAUCCAAAUAAUAAAGCUUGGCUUCAGUGGUCGUCGCCAGUAAUAUUCACCCCACAGUACUGCAAUUACAUCAUGAUGGAUAAAGACUCUUCCAGGAUAUAAUUGCAACCAUCCAAUACUCUCGUAUUCUUCCAAAUUAAUUUGGACUAUAUGCGACAGCUACUUCAUUCAACUUUCUUUGGCAUUAACUUGAACGUCGUAUUCGCUACUGGAAUCUGAUAACAUAUGUAAAAUAAUCGCAGAUAUUACUUCUUAACGAAUGAGUUAUAUUCAAACAAGACACCCUAUGAAGUCUAUACCACGUUUAGUUCAAGCAAAGUUUGUGAGGAUCAUGAUGUAGUGGUCCGACAGUGUAACGAGUUAUACUUCAUAAGUAUAGAAAUUUUAAGCCUCUGGAGUAACUGUCUUCAGAUGAAGAAGAAGAAAUUAAGUUAGAAAUUAAUGUUCUUAAAAAGUAUUCACAUCAUAGAAACAUAGCAACAUAUUAUGGUGCUUUUAUCCAGAAGAGCCCACCUGGAAAAGAUGAUAAACUUUGGCUUGUCAUGGAAUAUUGUGGAGCUGGUUCUGUUACCGAUUUAGUGAAAUCUACCAAAGGACAGUCUCUAAAAGAGGAAUGGAUUGCAUAUAUUUGCAGGGAAAUUCUUCGAGGUCUCAGUCACCUUCAUGCUUGCAAAAUUAUUCAUAGAGAUAUCAAAGGCCAAAAUGUGUUAUUGACAGACAAUGCAGAGGUCAAACUAGUCGACUUUGGGGUAAGUGCUCAACUUGAUAGAACAAUAGGUCGAAGAAAUACUUUCAUUGGAACUCCCUAUUGGAUGGCUCCUGAAGUAAUAGCAUGUGAUGAAAAUCCUGAUGCCACCUAUGAUAACAGAAGUGAUUUGUGGUCAUUGGGUAUUACAGCUUUAGAGAUGGCUCAAGCUCAACCUCCUCUUUGUGACAUGCAUCCUAUGCGUGCUCUGUUCCUAAUUCCAAGAAACCCUCCACCACGGCUGAAGUCAAAGAAAUGGUCUAAAAAAUUUCACGGGUUCAUUGAAACAGUUCUAGUGAAAGAUUACCAACAACGUCCUUACACAGACCAAUUAUUAAAAAAUUCCUUUAUUCGGGACCAACCUACUGAAAGGCAAGUCCGCAACCAGCUGAAAGAACACAUUGAUCGUUGCCGUAAACAUAAGCGAGGGGAAUCUCAGGAAGUUUAUCGUUAUAGUGGUAGUGAUGGAGAAGAGGAAGACACCGAAGUAUUGGGUGAACCAAGCUCUAUUGAACCAGUUGACCAGGAGUCAACUCUGAAAAGAAAUUUCCAGCAUCUUCAAGAAUCAAGAACACUCACUCCCAGUGAUCCUAAAUCUAGCUCUAGUAACCAUCAGGCACGCCCACAUCCAGAUUCAGUAUGUUCUUCUGAAACACCGGUGCCACUAGUACGACCUUCAAUGGCUCAUCACAGGGCAGUUGUUGCCCCUGAUCCUCCACCACCUAGCAAACCACUUCCUCCAAUCCCAGUGGAAGAAGACCGUAAAGAAAGAAUGCACAAACCACCUCGAAAUGUCCAGCCAGUUCAACCUUCAAAGGUACCACAAGCUCGGAACUCUGGCUUGUUUAGCAAAUCACCUAUUCGUAGACCAGAGGAUCUGGAAGUGUUAGCAGCUCAGCUGAAUGAGCUGGCCUCAGGAAGCCAUAGCAGUGGAGCUGCAAAAAGAAUGAGUGGUAGAGGUCCAUUUGCAGGAUCGGCAAAAGUGAUUAGUGAACAUCCUGCCCAUCAGAAUGGUAACCUACCAGAACAAGCUCUUUCCACGAAACCACCUGUAGAUUCCGAUGAAGAGGAAGAUGAGAAUCAUGUUCAAAAUGAUGGAACUUUACUGGCUUCUGACCCACCAAGACCACUGCCUCCAGAUGGCUAUAGUAAUGAUAGCAGUAAAAGCAUUACAAUUUCAAAAGAUCCUGCAGCAAUUCAAGCACCAAACAGACCGCUGCCUCCUACUCCAGAUGAAGAUGACAGUAAUGACAAAACUCUAGUGGUUAGAAAAAAUCAGUCAAACAAAAAAGAAGGUGAGCGGUCAAAGCGAGAACAAAAUGGUAAAGAUCGAGGUGGACGAGUGAGAUCUAGUAGUGAAGUUGAGAAAAACCAUCGCAAAAGGGAUUCUGGUGGUAUAGAAAGGGCUGAAAAAGCCAAACAAAGAUCUGACAGGAAAGAACAGUCUGCACUACAUAAAACUUAUUCAUCCCCAAUCUCUGUGGCCUCAUCAUCUGUUCAUAAUGGAGAGUCUCAGAGAAAAGAGCAUGUUUUCUUGCAGGGGCAAACUAGAAACAAUAGUCAGAAUGAAUGGGAAAGAGAGAGGGACCAUAUGAAUCAUACAACUUCCCCUUCAGAAGAAGGUGCUAGUCGACAGCAUGAAGAGUCUACCCAGAGUUCUUCAGGGAACAUCAGUGGACGAUCAAGUGGUGUGCUUCCUGAUCUCCUUCCCCAAAACACCCCAUCUCCUAUACAACAGUCAUCACCCCAGCAGAAGCAUCAGGACAAAAGCACUUCUGAUGAAUACAGGCAAGCAGUAAGUAAAACUCCCCCACACUUACAACACAAGCAACGUUCCUUCUUGACCUUUGGGUUUGGAGCAGGAGGGUCAGGUCCUUCUCCCCGCCAUGAAUCACACAUCAAUGUUAAUGUAGCACCCAGCUCUCAUGAACCUUCAACUGAAACACCUGAGAUUCGCAAAUACAAGAAGAGGUUCAAUUCUGAAAUACUCUGUGCUGCUCUUUGGGGUGUCAACCUCUUGAUAGGAACAGAACAUGGUCUUAUGCUACUGGAUCGUAGCGGCCAAGGAAAAGUGUACAAUUUAAUUACUAGAAGAAGGUUUCUUCAGAUGGAGGUUUCAGAAGGACAAAACAUAUUGGUGACCAUUUCUGGAAGGAAAUCCCGAGUCCGUGUCUACUAUCUUUCCUGGCUUAAGAGCAAGAUUCUUCGUACAGAUGGACAGCUAGAAAGAAGAAAUGGGUGGAUUAACGUAGGAGAUCUUCAAGGAGCCAUUCAUUUUAAGAUAGUGGUGUGGUCUAUCCCUCAUCACAGCUUUAAGGACUGGGAAAAUACAUUUCGUAUUUGGAGUAACAAUGUGAAAUAUGAACGAAUCAAGUUUCUUGUUAUUGCACUACGGGAAAGCAUUGAGAUCUAUGCAUGGGCUCCUAAGCCUUAUCACAAGUUCAUGGCCUUCAAAUCCUUUUCUGAUCUGAUUCACCAUCCCUUACUGGUAGACAUGACCAUUGAGGAAGGUGUGCGACUGAAGGUCAUUUAUGGAUCAGCAGAAGGUUUCCAUGCAGUGGAUGUGGAUUCAUGUGGGGUGUAUGAUGUUUACAUUCCAACUCAUAGCCAAGGUCCCAUCACACCCCAGAUUAUUGUGACACUGCCAAAUUCUAAAGGAAUGCAGCUGCUGCUAUGCUAUGAUAAUGAAGGUGUUUACGUAAAUACAUAUGGAAGAAUUAGUAAGAAUAUUGUGCUCCAGUGGGGUGAGAUGCCUUCCUCAGUUGCCUAUAUUGGUACCGGCCAAAUAAUGGGUUGGGGUAAUAAAGCAAUCGAGAUUCGAAAUGUAGAAACUGGCCACUUGGAUGGAGUUUUCAUGCACAAGAAGUCCCAGCAACUUAAAUUUCUUUGUGAAAGGAAUGAAAAGGUCUUUUUCUCCUCUGCCAAAAGUGGCUCUUCGUGCCAGAUCUACUUCAUGACUCUCAACAAGCCAGGAAUGGCUAACUGGUAACAUUUGAAACAGCCAGAGUCAAAGUAACAGUAAUAGACUUCCUCAUGAGUUCAAGAGACUAACUCUGUGGACAUUGUGUAAUUGCUUACUGUGUUAUUUCUUUUAAUCAGAUAAGGACAGAGACAUGCUGCAAACAACUUUAAAGCCAAGCUUCAUCAAUUUCAUCUUAAUGUUUUUAAUUUUUUGAUUGCUCAAAAGUUGAAUACAAUUGAGAUGUUGUCUAUAUGCAAGCUUUGUAAAUAUUGAUACAAAAAGAUAUAAAUUUUUAGAUGAUCUCUUUUUUUUAUUGUACUUUUAACUAUAGUAACAUGCCAACAAACAAAGACUGACAGAUUUAUGUUUUUUUAAUUUUCUUAUUGUGGAUUGUAGUAGUUUACAAAGCUUGGUCGACUUAAUGUAUUUUGUACAUCUUUAAAGUGUUUUGUUGUGCCUUUAAAUGACGCAUUGUUUAGUUUUUCACCAAAGUUUGUUAAGGUGAAAAGAAGGGUUAAUAAAAUGUUAAUACUUGUACAUGUCUUAAGUAUAUAAAAUAAGUUAGUUUAAUGUACAUGUCUUAAGUAUAUAAAAUAAGUUAGUUUAAAAAAGUUCUUUUUUGACAAAUAAAUUACAAAAGCUAUUACCAAACAAAUCCUUAUUUCAGAUUUUCAUACAGUGUUAUAUUAAAUAAAGAUUUGUAAUAAUAAUAAUAAUAAAAAUUUUAUUUUCUAAUCUCGGAUUCAUAUUCAUGCCAAAAUGUGAAGUGUGUUGGAUCACUCAACGAAAACUUUUCCAUUGAUAUUUAUUCGUAACAAAUAAAAAAAUUGGUGAUCAGUCACCUAAAAAUUUAAUUAGUACGUGCAUUUCUUUUUCAGACUUGAACUGUUUGUGUUCCUUGUAAUUAAUUAGAUAACUUUAUUUCUUGUUUAAUAGAAAAUGUAUUGUACCAAUAACUUUGACCUGGUUAUAUGCUUUCAGUGUUAACAUUAUCUUUACAAAAUAAUAGUGUACAACACUACAUGUUUUUAGUAUAUCAGUAUCAUAGUCAUUAAGAUGUAUCAUCAAAGUUUCAUCUGCAAAGUCACAGUCAUUAAGAAUAAGAUCGGUACAGAAUACAAAUUUUAAUUUAUUAUAAAUGGAUUUUCAAAAGGAAUUAAGAAUCCUUUGUGUGUUGCAACAAGCAAGAAAUUGCACUGUGUCAAAUAAACUAAUUACAAUAAUUUCAGAGAAUGAAGGUGUUGUAUGUGAAUUACUAUGAAUUAGGAGUUUCUAUUCAUUCUAUUUAACAAUUAGGACUACAGUAUAUUAUGUGCAAAUCUUUAAUACUGACAGUUUACUUUCCUGUCUUUGUUACUGUUUUCAGAACUUAAAAUUUCAUAGUAUACAUUUGAACUACAGAAUUACAGGCUAUUUAAUAGGGAUAAAGUAUUAAA